AUGGAUAAUCCGCUACACCGGCUAUGCCUCAACUGGGGCUUGCACAAAUCCUCAGCCGCGCAAACUCUGAGGGAAAAACUCAUAAUCCAAGGAGUUCUCCAGCAGACGCAGGAUCGAUUUCAGCAUAUGUCUGAUCAGAUUAUUCGUCGCAUUGAUGACAUGACGAAACGUAUCGAUGACUUGGAGAAGAACAUCUCCGAUGUUAUGGCUCAGAAUCAGAUAGAACAGCAGCAACCUUAA